AUGGCCGGAACCAUGCUAUUUGUGCCCUGUUGCAAGCAUUUCACUAUUGAUGCUGGAUUGCUAGCCCCGCCUGGAAGUGGCUUUACUUUACAGAGAAAUCAAUCCAAGUUUUUGGAUCGGUUUGUUGCUCUAUUUGUCUAUUUGGUGGUCGUCAAUUUCGUCUUUCGCCAACACAUUAUUCGAACAUCGGAAGCGCCGGGUGCUUCAGCUCGUGACUUGCAGUACAUGGACGCCGGGGCCAUGACAUCCACGAUCUCCACCGAAGCGCAAGAGAGCGACGAGAAGUUUCCCUCAUCUCAAACGCAAUCGACAUCCCAUCACAUAUCUCGAGCAUCUUAUCCGAUUCCCCAGCCGCUCGUACAACGACUUAAAGCUGGCAUCUUGCUCCCCAAUCAAGGGUUCAGAGAGAGGCAGGUGGAAUCGCUUCACGACGGCCUUGCUCAGCUCGUGAGCAAUUCGAUUGAAGCCAUGGAUGCCAUGUAUUUUGCCACGCCACCGCAGAUUCGUCAGCAUUCAUGCUUCCAGCAUCGGCUAUGCGUACGCAUCCGAGUAGAUCCCGAAGCACAGACAAUAUCAAUCACCGAUCUUGGUAUCGGCAUGACCAGAGCCGAUCUCAUCAAUUCGCUGGGUGUUGGGCGUUCUGCCGGACUCGAGAGUUCUUCGAAUGGGUACGAAAGUCGUAACAGAAGUACUUCACAAACGGAGGAAGAAGACCAGUCGACGGCUGAAGACAGCGAUUCAAGCGAUGAUGAGCUAGACCAAACGGAUGAUGAUGACGAAACUGGAAUUGAGGAGGAGUCAGAGGCCCAGGAUGGCAACGAAGGCAAUCCCGAAUACAUCAUAACAAAAGAACCAUCUAUUUCAAAGAAUACAUCUGAGGACAACACUGUUCUGCGCUGCAAAGCGAAAGACCUUGGUGGCUUUUAUGCUGCUCUCUGUUCGCUAGGAACCGGAGUAUGCGUCAGAACAAAGUCCAAGUUUGACGAUUUCUAUGAAGCGGAAAUCGGAGUUCAUUCCGCUGAGCAGAAUUUAGAAACUGCGUUUGACGAAUUUCGCAUCGUUCGACCGCGCGGCGAAGGCAUCGAGCUGACGGUGGAGGAAGGCUUUGAUCAGUUUCAAGACUUGCGUGGAGAGUCUGGCACAAGUGUGACUAUGCGGCUUAAUCCGGAAGCGAUUGCCGAAGGAUUCUUGGACGAAGCCAAACUCAAAUCCAUCUUUCUGAAAAUU